AUGGUCACCACCAUGGUCAUGACACAGAUGCGUUGUUCACCGCGGCUGGCCGGGCAUCUCUCGCGACAUGUGAAGACGGCUCGAUGCUUCUCUACAAGCACCGCGCUACGCAAGGAGAUUCAAGAUGCCUACAUUAUCAGUGCCUCCCGAACACCGACGGCCAAGGCCACCCAGUUCAACGGCUCCUUCUCAACAGUCGAAGCAUCCAGGCUCGGGGCGGUAGCCAUCAAGUCGGCGCUGGAGAAGUCCAAGGUGCCGAUCGAACUCGUGACAGACGCCUACAUGGGCAACGUGCUCUCGGCGUCGGUGGGCCAGGCGCCGGCGCGGCAGGCUGUGCUCUUCGCCGGCCUGCCGCAGUCGGUCGAGGCCGUGACCAUCAACAAGGUGUGCGCGUCGGGGCUGAAGGCGGUCGGGCUGGCGGCGCAGAACAUACAGCUGGGCGUGGCCGAGGCCCAGAUCGCGGGCGGCAUGGAGAACAUGACGCGGGUGCCGUACUACGUGGCGCGGGCCAGCCAGCUCCCGCCGUUCGGGCACGUCAAGAUGGAGGACGGCCUGAUCAAGGACGGUCUGACGGACGUGUAUGACCAGUUCCACAUGGGCAACUGCUGCGAGAAGACGGUCAAGGAGCACGGCAUCACGCGCGAGCAGCAGGACGAGUACGCCAUACGAUCGUACCGCAACGCGCAGGAGGCCUGGGCCCGGGGCGCCUUCGCCGACGAGGUGGCCCCCGUCACGGUCAGGGGCCGCAAGGGGGACACGGUGGUCGAGGCGGACGAGGGCUAUGCCGACGUCGACUUCGACCGCGUGCCCACGCUCAAGCCGGCCUUUGUGCGCGACGGCUCCGGCUCCGUCACCGCCGCCAACUCGUCCACCCUCAACGACGGCGCCAGCGCCCUGAUCCUCGGGAGCAGGGACAUUGCCCGCCGCUACGGCGCCGGCUCGCGCGUCCUCGCUAGGAUCUGCGGCCAGGCCGACGCCGCCAUCGCCCCCGUCGACUUCCCCGUCGCCCCCGCCGUCGCCGUGCCCAUCGCCCUCGAGCGCGCCGGCAUCACCAAGGACCAGGUCGCCGUGUGGGAGUUCAACGAGGCCUUUGCCGGCGUCGUCCUCGCCAAUCAGAAAAUUCUGGGGCUGGGCGACAAGGCCGUCGUCAACCCUCUCGGCGGUGCCAUCUCUCUCGGCCACGCACUCGGCAGCUCCGGGUCGCGCAUCCUCACUACGCUGCUCCAUCAGCUCAAGACUGGUGAGUACGGUGUUGCUGCGAUCUGCAACGGCGGCGGUGCCGCCACGGCCAUGGUUGUUCAACGCGUGGACUCUGUAUAA